AUAUUUUUUUUCUUUUCGGUCUAUUUUUUUUCGCCUUGUUCUCCCCCCCCACAAACUUUAUAUUCCUUUUUCGAAGCUCACAGAAAAAAAAAUGAUGUCCUUUGCAGUCAUCCGUAAUGCGGCCUGUGCUUCCGUUCGACAAAAUAUUGCAGUUCAGACUGCCGCCAUGCGCUUGGCACCUUCUCUGAGACGCACCUACGCUACCGAAAAUGGCCAAGAAAAGCCAAAAGAGGAACAUAAGGAAGAAGCCAAAGAAUCUGUCAAGGAAGACGCCAAAUCCGAAACUGACAAACCCAACCAAGUCGCCAAAGAUGAUCUCACCGCUAAAUUGGCCGAAAAAGAUAAGCAGAUCGCCGAGUUAAAGGAUGCCUAUGUUCGUGUGUUAGCUGAUCAAGAAAAUCUGCGUGAGCGUACUCGCAAGGAGAUUGAGACCACCAAAGAAUACGCUAUCCAAAAGUUCGCCAAAGACCUUCUCGAUACCGUCGAUAUUCUCGGCAUGGCCUUGACCGCCGUUCCCAACGAAUUGCGCAGCAAGGAAAACGCGACCAAGUCCGAGCUUGCCCAGGAUGCUGAAAAAUUGGUUGAUCAACUCACCAACCUGUACACCGGUGUGUCUAUGACGGAAGCCGAACUUGUCAAGACAUUGAAGCGCCACGGUGUCGAGCAACACAACCCUGAAGGUGAAGUGUUUGAUCCCAACAAACAUCAAGCUCUUUUCCAAGCUCCCAUUCCCGACAAGGAGGCUGGUACUGUCUUCUCGGUUCAAAAGCUUGGCUACAUGAUCAAGGACCGUGUUCUUCGUCCCGCUCAAGUUGGUGUUGUCGCUGAAUCCCAGUAAAAUAAUAGGCUCCUCUACCCCUACCGUUUUUUCCGAAUUUUCAUGAUGUUUGUUUCCGGGCUUUUUUUUUAUAAUUGUCUUUGUUGUUGUUACUGUCAUUGUGUGCCUUUCUAAACCUUAUUCUGCAAAUAUCCACCCCUUCUCUCUCUCAUUCUCUCUAAUAAAAUGUAUCAUAGACUUAGAAUAUUGCUACUGAUCCAUUCGUUUGACCCCGUAGAUUUCGUAUUUUUCUUUAUGUCUUUCCUUGCAGAUUUUGGGAGAGUAGAUCCUCUGAAGCAUCGAGUUAAUUAUGCAUGGGUCCAUUGCAUCUAAUAAAGCGACAUUUCGGCAGCGAUGGAUAUCACCAUACUAGAGUGUAGUUUACUAUCGCCUUGUUUCGGAGAAUCCGACCCUAAACAAAGUUAUUUAUCAG